AAAUAAAUCCGAACGGCCUCUGCUUCUCGAAGCCCGGCCUGUAGCCUCGCCUCGCCUCCCUCCGCCGCCCCGGUUACGCAACCAAAUACCGACGGCGCCGCCCGCCGACGAGCCUUCUCCCUUCGCGCCGCCCCCUCGCAGCAUCCUCGUGCCCUCCUCCGGCAUCUUCCUGCGCCGCGUUAGCAUCGUCUGUCGGCGCCGUCGGAGGUUCUGCUCGGAGCUCGCUUCCGAUGGACGGCGCGGCGACGGGCACGGAGCGCCUCUGCCCUCUAGGAUGAGGGGCCGGAGACGUCGCCGGCGGAGGCUUGUGCAAGUCAUCUAUGCUAGCACACUUGAUGACUGAUGUCAUGGAAGAUAAUUCUUCAUGGACAGCUCUUUCUAUUGAUCACAUUAGAAUUUCUGCAUUCAAUUUCGGAAUUGUCUCCGAGGAUAACGAUGAAGGCAAAGAAUUUUUGCUUUCAUUGGACACUGUUGUUCCUGAUGAUAUCCUGGAGAGAAUUUUCACGUUUUUACCUAUAGUAAGCAUGAUAAGGUCAACAGCAGUUUGCAAAAGAUGGCAUGACAUUAUCUACUCAAGCAGGUUUCUUUGGACCCACAUGUUGCCUCAGAGGCCAUGGUACUUUAUGUUCACUUCUAAUGAAAGUGCUGCUGGGUAUGCAUAUGACCCGAUUCUCCGCAAAUGGUAUGAUUUAGAGCUUCCAUGCAUAGAUAAGAGCAGUUGCUUUGUCUCUUCUUCUUGCGGAUUAGUUUGUUUCAUGGACAAUGACAGCAGGAAUGCCAUUUCUGUAUCUAAUCCUAUCACAAAAGAUUGUAAGAGAAUUUUGGAGCCCCCUGGUGCAAAGUUUCCAGACUACAGCACAAUUGCCAUAAAGGUAGAUCGUUCCUCUCAUAAUUACACCAUUACAUUGGCAAAAUGCAAGCAAGUUCCAGAGGAUUACGUCCGAUGGGAUUUCUCUUUAUACAAGUAUGACUCACAGAGUAGUUCAUGGGUGACUGCGGUUGAGGAGGUGUUCAUUGGUUGGAGAGGGGGUGAUGACAGCGUGAUAUGUGAUGGAGUAUUGUACUGUUUAAUUCACUCCACAGGCAUUCUUGGUAAUAUUGAACCGCGUCAUAGCAUUAUCAUGUAUGACCUUAUUGCUGGGCCUUCUAAGGCGUCACUAAUGCAAUCGUCGAUCCCAGCACCUUGCUCUCUCACCUGUGGACGUCUGCUUAACUUGAGGGAGAAGCUGGUUCUGGUUGGUGGGAUUGCAAAACAGAACAGACCUGACAUCAUCAAAGGAAUUGGAAUAUGGGAACUUCACAAAAAACAAUGGCAAGAGGUAGGUCGAAUGCCUCAUAAAUUAUUUCAAGGAUUUGGUGAGUUUGAUGAUGUAUUUGCUAGCAGUGGCACAGACGACCUUGUCUACAUCCAAAGCUAUGGUGCAACUGCUUUGCUUGCUUUCGAUACGAAGCAGAAGCAGUGGAAGUGGUCCGCAAAAUGCCCUGUGAGCAAAAGAUUUCCUCUCCAGCUUUUCACUGGCUUUUGCUUUGAACCUCGGCUUGAUAUUACCACUUAAUUGUAAUGCCUUCCAAUGGAAUCAGGUUGGCAGUCCUGGUCUUUGUGAAUAUAUGCAUGCUUCAUUAGAUUGUUGCGUCACAUGCAAUGUGCUCUCCUUUGCUUAUCAUCCCACAUUCGUCCUGAUGGAUGCAAUUUCCUUUGCCUCUUUUCAUUGGAUUAAUUAAUCUUUAGAAUGUUGAUCUCUCUCUCUCUCUCUAUAAUAAUGCCUGUUUACAAAUGUACCUCUAUUUUCUUUAAAAACAAUGCAUAGAUCUAUGCUAUUUAUCACA